AUUAUGUAUAUGAUAUUUCCCAACAGAUGGGACUCUUCUAUGUUGAAGUAGAAAUGGCCAUAUCAGAUGAAUUGCAAGAUUUUUGUGUACUUGAAUGCUCAGGAUGCAAACAAAAGAAGCGCACAAAAGAUAGAAAGGAUUUUCAUUGUCCAAAAUGCAAUCGGAAAACAACAUUACUUCCUCGGUGUAUCUUUCAAAUUGAUCUUACUGACGGUACUGCUAUAGUCACAGCAUCUAUCUCUGCUGAAUUGGGAGAAAAACUACUCACCAUGACAGCGGAAGACAUAUUUGACAUAACCUGUGCUAAGAGGCAAUACUUGCAUAUUAAUCAUGUCCAUGAGGUGUUGUCCAACAAACUAUUUCAAAUUCAGCUAAGGAAGUCAUCUUGGGGUACCUCAAACAACACACAAGCAACUUACUCCAUUAUUUCCUACAUGGAAAAGCAACAUACUCCACCAACCACUAUUGAUAGGAAUUCCAAAAAGGUAAGACCUUUGGAGAUAAGUGAGAUGGAGGUGACAGAAACAACUACUGCAGCUGGUUCUUCAAAUGCAACUCUGAAAUUUGAACCACCCACACCAACAAAAAAACUGUAAAAGGAACCCCUAACAACUCCCUAUGCUAUGGUUUUGGGAAUGAUGAA